AUGGCUGACACUUCCAUAGUAGCAAAGCUGGACAACCUGGUGGCUGAUGUUCUGGCUGACUGGAACGUCUACACCACCUUGUUUGCCGGAAUUGUUCUUGUCUUUGCUGUAUACUCGGUUGCCUCAUCUCAGGACCCAGAUGUCCAUCCAUUUCUACUCGCCCGUCAAUCAACUGCCGCGCCCAUCCGCCAGCCAGGUGAAUCUGCUGUCUACAGGUGUUUGGAAACCCCACACGGGCUACCGCUUCGGUUUGGGUUGAAUGUCAAAGACCCCGGUGCCCCGAAAUGGACUGGCGGUCGACGUGGAGACCUACGGGAUGUCUGGAAGACAGCUGUUCGUGGCGCGUUGAACCAAGAUGGCACAAUGUCCGGAAAGCAGGGCAAGAUCUACACUGUGCUAGGUAAAAAGGCCAUCGAACACUCUCUGGGCCAAGUCACCCAAGAAAUCAACGUCAUCGGUCACCAUCUUCAAAACGCUGGUGUCAAGACCGUCGCUGUUUGCCUCACUGACUCUAUUGAACUGUUGGCUGCUAUAUUUGCCGGCGCUUUCUACGGAUACAAAACUGUCCUCAUCCCCCACAAUCUUCCAGCAGAUAUCCUGUCAGCGCAUUUGAAGCACGCCGAAGCUGAUGUUCUGAUCGCUGAAGCUGGAUCAAUGGACCUUGCCGCUGUGACCAAGGAUACCACGCAGCUCUCACUUGUUCUCUGGGUUGCUAAGUAUGGCAACCGACACAUGGAUUGGAAUGGAGUCCCAGAGAACGUCGAGGGUACCUUGAAGGUUGCCGUCUGGCAUGAAUUGGUCGAAGAAUUCAAGGAUCUUGCUAGCUACGACGUCCCUGAAUAUGAUCCCAAGACAGAGACCCCUGCUGUCAACACCGUCUGGCCAUCUUCUUCCCAAUCCGGUCAAUUCAUCGACUUCAAGCCAGAGAACUUCGUCUCUGCCAUUGGAGCACUCAUUUCCACGCUUCCUCGCACUCAGCGUUUCACUUCGUCCGACCUUGUUCUCUCCAUUGACUCUCUCUCACGAUCAUACCCGCUUCUCACCACUAUGGCAGCAUUGUUCUCCAAUGCUUCCAUUGCCCUCAACUCGGUUGCUGGCGAGAAUGUCGACUUUGCUUUGGCUACAGCCGGUGUUUCCACCACUGUCAUCGUUGCCUCAUCGCAAACCAUAUCCGAAUAUCAUGAUCAAAUUAUGCGUCCGCACACCGGUCUCAUCUCAUCGAUUGGACGCUGGGUCCAGGCGCGAACCCUGGAGUCGGGUAACAUGCCGACUCGCAACUUCUUCAGUCAGUUGGCUCGUAUCGGUCCUACUGCAGAGCUUUCGCUUGAAAACCUCCGUCUGCUUUGUAUCUCCCACCGCAUCGAUGGUAACCCAGAGGCCCACCUGACCUCUGAGCAAUUGACCGAACUCAGAAUCUUCACUGGAGCUCGUGUCGUGUAUGCUUUAACUGGCCCUGGUGUUGCCGGUGCCAUUGCGCAGACCAAUGCAUUUGAUUACAGGACCCUUACCGGGCCCAGUCACUUUGGCGCUCCACUGAGCAGCACUGAGUUCAAUUUGAUCAACGUUCCUGAAGGCUCUCCCGACGGCGUCGAGCAAGGACAGCUCAGCGUUUCCGGUCCCGCUGUUGUUGGGGGUACCACGACUCUGCCAGGCCGAGCCCGCCUCAGCAAAGACAAUACUCUGGAGCUGUGUUCAUAG